GGCAGCCCUGGCCUUUCCUCAGGGAGGUGCCGUGUGCCCCUUGCUCCUGUGUACCACAGCUGUUCCUCCACCAGCCGGGACACUGGGCCUGCAGAGGGAUGGCCUUUGAGAAGGGCCAUUUCACCUGGAGCUGUUCUCUCAGCAGAGCAAGGUGUGUGCACAGCUCUGCCAUCCCUAAGUGCUCUCAUAAGGUGAUGGGGAUCUUCUUGCAUUGGUCUUCUGUUUCUGGAGCGCAUCCUGACAGCCUUUGUCAUCCAGAGCUUUCCUGUCUGUUCCCAAGAGGAGUGAUAGCCACAACAUGGAACAACUCCUACGUGGCUGGAGGUAAUGGACAUCCAGCUUCCCGGCUGGGUUCCAGGGCUGAUGCACAGGGAGAUCUCAUGGAUAUGGGUAGAGGGAGAGCUCUUCCAGCUCCUCGGCUGGAUCCUGCACUGGACCUCACCUGGCAUCCCAGGGGUCCUCAAAGAGCAAAGUAUAAAGCUGAAACAGGAAAGCGUUCCCAGCAAUCAUCAGAAGACCUAAAGGAAAUCCUGAAGGAAUUGGACAAAGCAGCACGUGAGCUGGACCGUGAGACUGUGGAGGAGGAGGCGCUUCAGGAAGGAGGCAGCCAGGCAGCACCAGUCUCUGAUGAAAAAAAGGGGGCAAUUCAAUCAACAGGCGUGCCAGCGCUCUCCAACCCCGGGGAAGCCCACCACACCGGCAUCUAUGAAUUUUUUCGAACGAAUACAGGUGUGGAUGGCAAGAGAAAUGCAAAUGCUAUGGAUCCCGAUGAUUUCCAGAAGUACUGCAUAGAAGGCGCCGCGGCAAUCCUGGGCUCCAUGCUGCUUGGGAUGCUAUUGUGUUGUGGCAUCUAUGUGUGGAGGAAGAGGAGACAGCGCCUCGCUGCAGCUUCGUGAGCCCGGCCCAACACCAGCAACUACCCCUCACACCUAGACAGCCGGACCACCCCCCUCAGCAACCCUGAGAGCCAGACCCAACACCAGCAGCCAUCGCCUGUGCCUGGAGAAGCG